AUGUCAAACGUUCGCAAUUUUAGAGAUAUUGAAACUAAUAGUAAUUCAUCUAACAAUGAAAGCCGAGGAUCAUUUGGAAUGGGAGGAUAUAAUGAAAACGGCAAAUAUAAUCCAUGGAUGAAGCAGUAGCCACCUUAAUAAUAAAGAGCAGGAUAUUCUUAAUUAGAUGUAGCAAAUUAAUAAUCUUCUUCCUCCAGCCUUCUAGGUGGUAUGAAUUUAACAUGGAAGUGCUUUUCAGCUAUAAAUUUAUUGCUUGUAUGGGUUGUCUUUUUAGUUUUAAAAGCUAUCGCAUUUUUUACUGAAAACUCUUUCAUUUGUUUACUAUUCAACUCAGGUGCUUAAUAUCAACCAUCGAUAACAUAUAACUAUGAAUUUCACCGCUACUUUGUUCCAAUCUAUCUUCAUGGUGGAUUUCCACACAUUAUUUCAAAUACAUUUGGGUUAUUUUUUUACGCCUUUACCCUUGAAAAAUAGUUUGGAUUCAAGAAAUUUGUUCUUCUAUACAUUUUAAGUGGUUUAGGAGGUAAUUUAUUCUCUGGAUAUAACUAACCUGAAUAAAUGUCAGUAGGAGCCUCUUCAUCUCUAUUCGGUUUGUUCCCCUUAAUGAUUUUAUUCCUAAUAGAAAAUCAAGACAUGAAUAAAAAUCAAAAGUUAUUCUAUGUUGUUUAUAUUUUAAUUAUGAUAUUUGCAAAUUUCUUUGGGUCAUCUUCCUCUCCAGAUCAGGGAUAGAAAAAAGAUAACUAAGACGAAAGCGAUGUACGUAUAAUUGAUACAGCAGCUCACUUAGGAGGAUUUUUAACAGGAUUAUGUAUAACAAUAAUAUAUUCUUAAAUAUAGCAUCCAAAAUCUAAAUAUUUCAAGAUUGGAGCAUUUGCAUUACUUGUACUAGGAUUAGGAUUUUUAUUAAUUUAUAAUUAAAUGAAUUACAGCAUAACAAAGCCUACUAGUAUGGAACGUUACUGUGCAUGGAAAUGA